AUGAAAAUUGAUGAUCAAAUACCAGGAAGUAUCAAUAAAAUCAGAGUGAUUCAUUUCCAGGCUACAGCAGUAAGCAGGCCAGCGUUAGGAUCCUUUCCGCCAACGUUCUUCCCGAAUGCCAUCAAAGAAGCGCUCAGCUCGAUAGCGCCGAAAGGAUGUCCCGGUGUGCAGACUGUCUUGUGUGGUACAUCAUCGAACGAGAAUGCAAUUAAAGCUGCAUUCAUGUGGUACCAGGCACAAAAACGUGGCGGUGCAAGGCCGCGUGCGGAGGAUCUGGAAUCAUGUAUGAGGCACGAGCCUCCCGGCACACCCAACUUAUCCGUUCUCUCAUUUCAUGGCGCAUUUCACGGUCGAUCAUUGACGGCAUUAUCGAUUUCCCACUCCAAGGCUAUACAUAAAGUGGAUCUUCCGGCAUUCCACUGGCCUGUUGCUCAGUUCCCACUUUACAAAUAUCCACUGGAGAAAAACGUGCAAUACAAUGCGCAACAAGAUCAGCAGUGCCUUGCCCAAGUGGAGGAAUUAAUAAAAGAAAGGAAGAAGGCAAAUCAGGAUGUAGCAGCGUUGAUUGUUGAGCCGAUCCAAGGAGAAGGCGGUGAUAAUCACGGCUCGCCGGCGUUCUUUCAAGGAAUUCGCGACAUAACAAGCAAGCAUGGUGUUGUUUUCAUUGUUGAUGAGGUAUCAUCCCUAAAACCAUUAUUUUAUACCUUAGGUAUUAAAAACAUUCAUCAUUCGUACUGUGAGCAAGAGAUCCAUCGGCGACAGAAUGAAAGGCCAGUGUGA